AUGCCACAUGCGUUCGAAUGGAGGGUGGCCUUCGCGCCAAUCAGGGCGCCUCGCCGCCAGGCGUGGAUGCAUCAGGCCAGCCUACGCGAUUACCGUGUGGCAGCAAUCUGGCAGGGCCCGGAGACAUUUCACGUCAAACCUUCCGCACGAGACAGGUGGGAGAAUGUCGUUCUGAGCUCCCUUCAAUUUCCCUUCCGCCUCAUGCUAUACCGUCCGCCGUCCCCAGCUCUUGUAGCCCUACCAAACAGCCCAGACCCUAUAAACAAGACCGAAGCAGCCCAGCGUCGCAAGCCAAAAGCUUGCUUCCCCCAGCCCACGAGGUUAAACUAUCCUUUGCUUCUGGAAGCUCCUGCUUCCGGACCUGCGACGCCGCCAAGCCAACCUUCCCAGGGGCAUUGCGGCUCUGGCGUUGCCCACCCCUACACCUAA